AUGUGUCGCUUACGGGCAUCGUUGUUAAUGUUCAUUUCAUGUGUCGUUCUUGUUAGUUGUGACAACAAAAAUUACGUCAUCAACAACAGCAUCAGCAACAACAACAUCAGCAACAACAACAUCAGCAACAACAACAUCAGCAACAGCAUCAACAACAACAACCACAACCUCCAUCAGUUCAAUUCAAAGCAUCGACAUCGGCAUCGUAACGUUAAAAGACACAACCAACUCAACAAAAACAUUCAACACGCCGACAACAACAACAACAAUAAUAAUAAUAAUAUUACCAGCAACAAAAACUUCCUCACCAACAACAAUAACAAUGAUAAUAUUAGCAACAAACAUCUUAUAACACCUCUCAUAUUGUACCAAACAAAACAGCAACAAAACUACAACCAAUCAUUAACGUCAAAAACAACCAACAACAACAACAACAUCAAUCACAGGCCUCUCUUCUUGAAUCCCAACACUAACAACAACAUUAACUCCAAUAUGAACAACUACAACAAUUAUUACAACAAUAAAUUUAACGAUGACGUUAACGAUAUCUACAACAACAAUAUAAACAACAACAACAACGUAGACAACAACAUCAACAACAACAACAGCAUCAACAACAACAACAACAACGUCAACAACAAAAACAUAAACAACAACAACAACGACGACGACGACAACAACAACAACAUUAACAACGACAACUGUGUUGUGAGCAGAUUGCACAAAGGAUGCAGUUGCUUGCGAUACAACGACAACUUCAGCAUCAACUGUUCGGCCGUGGGACUCGUUGGCAUUCCGAAGCAGUGGAUGGAAGUCGGACUGACAAGCAACCUCAUCACAACACUCAACCUGGAGAAGAAUAAUAUCGAGGUAUGUGGACACUGUUAA